GAUUGCUAAUCAUCAAUAUAGUCACGAUGUUAUUUGAUGUAUAUCAUCACAAACAAUUUUAAAUAAUUUUAUAACUGUCAACACCAAAGUCCGUCUCUUAUUUUCACAUUUUAUAUUUUAAUAAACUAUUAAAAAAUAAUGUGUUAUUCAUGUGCCAUAGUUUGAAUGUAAAAGUUGAAUUCAUAAAGUAGAGAGAUUAUUUAAAUCGUAGAAAAAUAUGUCGGGAAUUUUAAAAGGUUUAGUUUUCUUUAUCGCAUUUACGUUCUUUAAAGUUUCUGGUGUGGAUUUUACUUUUAGCAAGGAUAAAGUUUUACUGGGCAGCACAGGUACAUUAACUAUGACAUGCGAUGUCACUGAAACAGAUGUUGAUAUUUUUUAUCACAUAUGGAUAUAUAAACUUACAUCAGCAACACGUUCUGUAAAAGCUUGGCAAGUAUUAGCUAAAAUGCAAUUUAUAAACAGUGCAACUAUUUCUUUAAGUCAAGAUAUUGAAGCAGAUAGUAAAGAUUAUGUUGCUAGAGGAUCAUGGAAUUCAACAUCACCUGCUAACACAUAUCUUACAUUGUCUAUGAACAUACAAAAGUUAGUUUGCGAUGAUGCUAGAGCUUAUAAAUGUGAGAUGUAUUAUAAAAGCUCCACAACAGGAACUAUUCUAAAGUCUGAAAAAAAUGCCACCUACUCAGCUUAUGAUAAACAAAGUAGUGGAGAGACAAACCGUACUAUGAGUAUAACAGAUGGAAAUGACAUAAGUAUAGCAGCAGGAGCUAUCGCCGCAAUUGUCAUUGGCUCACUUAUUGUUGGUGUUCUAAUCGGUGCGGUCUGUAUAUGGCUUGUUUUAAAAAGAAAACGGACAGUAACAGGCCUGACGAAUCAAGAUCAACAUCAGUCAACAUCAGUGCCACGAGAAACAGAAUUAAAUGAUCCGUCAUUUUCACCGAAUACCUAUGAACAACUUCAAAAUAGAACAGAGACUGAAAGCAGGAUGACUUAUGAUCUCCUAGACGCUUCAGCAAAUUCCAGCGCAGUUCCAAACAGCCAAUCACAGUAUGAGGGUCUUGAACGAGAAGCAAGAGCAUCUCACACGUAUGCAGAUCUAAAGCUUGGUCGGUAA